CAUCUUCGUACUCGACGUUAGCAUGGUGUUCAGGCACUGGCUCUCUGCUACCCUACGCGCUAGUCCGUCAAGAGGUCCCCAUGCCUUGCGGUCCUUCUCUUCCACUCGAUGCGUUCACGACAUCACUCUUCCGAGGGUGAACUAUGAGGAGAAGUACGCAGAGAAGCUACAGCGGAGGGCACAAGAGCAGGGGAAGAGUGUCGCUGAUCUUCGCGCUGAGCUGAAGGAGCAGGAAAGGCAACGCCGUCUCCAAAAGCUCAAAGAAGAGAGUAGCAAAGGCCCGCAGCUUGCUCAGAGUUCUCCAGCGAGUGCUCCUUCCUCUUCUGCAGCGAGUUCAGUUUCAACGUCUUCCGGAAGUUCAUCUAGGAAGGACAGCUCUCCUGUGAAGCCGCUCUCCAGCAUACUUAAUCUUGACAAGCUACUGGAGAAGCCGCAUACUCCCGAGCAAAUAUCAUUGCUAUGGAGGGCAUACCACGAAUCGCGUACCGGAGGCACUGGCCGCGGAUUUCUGUGCGCGACCGUCCCCGUCGAGAGCUACGACAAGAUGUUGGAGGUUUCGGCCAAGUAUCCUACAUUCAUUCUGCCUGUUCCCCGAGAGAACGCGCAGGUGGAAGAAGGAUCGAAGAAGCCUGCUUAUGAAUUCUACCUAAUGGAAUGGGGCUUCCAUGGUUCUCCGCCAGAGCCCGCCACAACGAGCGAUCUGUUCUCCCCUACCAAGGCCUCCUCAAAUCCGCAAACGUCGACAAUCCUCUUCACCCCACUUCAGGAGUACAAGCUCCGCCAAUCCUUCGCCACACCUUACCUCGUGUUGACACACUAUACCGACCUGGCGAAGUCGCAUGGUUUGGUACUCCUGCGCGGGGAGAUCACACCAUCUGGGGCCUCUGCUGGCGUGGGAGCGGGCGAAGACGGCAUGAGCUACAUGCUCAGUCAACAGGACGCGCAGUUGCUUGCCAUCCACGUCCAAAGGUUUUAUCUGCAACACGAGGGGUCCGAGGAGAGAGCCGCGCUGCUCAAGACGUUCCACGAAGCACCGGAGCAGUUCAAAUGGGAAAAGCUGUUGGUCCAUACAGACUUCUCUGCCUAAAGCGACGUUUCAGCGUUUUCCAUCGGGUUUCUCGGUCGAAGACGCGUCCGCGUGGAGGACACGCAUCAGACCGCCUACGACUGAUAGCUAGACAACCUAGUACGGAUGUCAUUGAUUUCUGACAGCGUAUUGCUCAUCGGACUCGCCUCAGAUAUUGAUUAGACGCCAA